AUGGCCUCACUAGCAACCCAUCUCUCGGCCUUCCUCUUCCUUUUCCCAGUCGGCCUUCGCCGCCUCCUCUUGUCCUCCUCUCUUUACCUCAAAAACCCAUCUCUGUACCGCUCCAAGACGUGGUAUUUCUCCGAACCCAGAUGGAAAAACCUCGACUUCUACAUUCUCAUCAUCGCCCUCCCCAUUGCCUCCUUCUCCGAAAUAUUCAUCUUCUUGACCUUCUCCGGCCACCCCACCUACCGAUUCUCUUUUUUCCAGCAAUCACUGACACUUUUUCUCUUCUGGGUAUUGAUCAUUCUCGUCAUUUUCCGUGAACACACCGACCCUUUGCUUAUUAACGAAGGUUUUGUAUUCUUGAUCGCUGGAAUUUCGUUUCUUGUGGAAUAUUCAGUGAUCGGGAAGGGAAUUACUGGUAUCUCUGGCUCUGUGUAUGAUCUGUUAGGUGCACUGACGCUUCUUUGUGCUGGUUGUUGUUUGUAUUUAUCGGUUAAGCCUUCGGCUUUUUUCGCCGAAUUUUUGUUAUCCUCUGGAUUGGUUUUCAAGGGUACUUGGGUUUUGCAAACCGGGUUGUCAUUGUACACUGAUGUAUUUGGUCUAAAAGGGUGUCGAAAAAUGUCGAUAUUGACAGCUAAGGGGAAUGCCGAUGUGCAAUGUGAUCUUGAGGAGGACGGGUUGAGGGGUGUUUCUUUGAUGAAUUUAUUGUUUACUGGGCAUGCAAUCUUGGUCUUUGUUGUGAGCAUCGUGUCGUUUGGGUUGCUGUCGAGUAACCGGAAUUUGAGGUGUGGCGAGGCGAGUGGGCCGUUGCUGGCAGAGCUUGAAUCGGAGACUAUGCCCAUGCGUGCUCAUCCUGAGCUUGAGAUGGACUGA